GCGGGACACAUGAUACUGAACUGUUGAAAAUUGAAAUGUGGCGGUAACUCUCAUUCAUUCAAAGCGUUUGUCGCAUUGCGUAACAGAACAACACAACAAUGGAAGAUUCAGGAACGAUUCUCUCUCACAUUUCAUCUCUCAAGGAAAUGCUCGAUCAGGUCAACGAAGAAAUCGAAGCUCAUAUUCAGGUCACACGCGAGAUCGAAUCCAGCAUCGUCAGAUGCGAAGAGAUGGAGAAUCAUUUUGCAACUAAGGAAGCUGAAUUGAUCGGAAUCUGUGGCGUUUUGCAGUUCGACACUGUUGGAUUUGUAACUGUCGCUGCUGGUUUCAGGGAAUCAGUGAGUACUUUGGAGAAGGAGCUGUGCUGUCUUAAAAACAAGAGGGACGAUAUGGUUAACAGAAUGGAUGAAAAACGGGAAGAAUUUACAACACACUGCCUAGAAUUUCAAAGAGAAAUUGACAAUAGAGAAAAUUGUAAAGUCAGGACUUUGUUGGCAGAGAAAUAUUCACUUGAAAAUGAAAUUCAACUUCUGGAUGAGAAGAAUUGUGUUUUGAAAAAUUCGGUUUUGGCAUUUGUAGAGGAAAUUCUUGAAGAUCUUCAUAAUUCAAACUCAGAAUUAGAAGCUGAAAUUCAGAGCAAAAACUGGGAGAAUGAGAGAUUACUUAAUGAUAUCAAUGAAUUGAAGAGUACAAUGUUUUCAGCAAUUGGGAGCAGUGAUAAUCUACUGUAAAUUCCUUUCUUUAAUCAAAAGUUAAUUCAUAGUUCUGAAGUUUGGUUUGUCAACUUUGCCAAAUUUGGUCAUUAAUUAAGAUGGAACAUUAAUAUUUGUAAAUGAUACUGUUAAAAACUUAGCAGUGAUCAGUCUAUUGUAGUUUUCAUGUUCUGAUGAAGUAGUAAGAAUGGUGUCAGAGAGCUAGUCCUUUUGGUUGAUAAAUAAUUAGCAUAGCUAUA